CUCGUAAAAAGAUUUCCUAAAUUAGAGCCUUUUUCUAUUUCAUAAAUCCCUCCAAUUCCUUGUUCAUUUUCAUUUUCUCCAUCUUUCCCUGCACAGGAUAACCGACUUAAGAAAAAGAAAAAGAAAAGGAAAAAACAUAACCAAAUUUCAAAAUCUUGUUGAAGUCAAGCCAGUGAUGCACACAGAGAUUGAAAGGUGGCAGAGAUUGAAAAGAAUAAGAUAAAAUCAAAUCAAAUAAAGAUAUUCUUUCCCUCUCUGAUCGUACCAAAAAAUGGACUUGCGGAUGUGCUCUUCUAUUAGUAAGGCUCCUUUGAGUUCUUCAAAUAACAUGGUGGAGAAGGCUGUUGAGAAAAAAAAGAAGCACGACUUUGAUGUUGACCUUAGAGAAGUUUACUUUCUGAUUUUGAGUUUUUUAUCUUCUGGGCCUUGUCAAAGGACUGCUGACCUAUUCUGGAAUGAACUUUUGGAACAUGAGCUUCUACCAAGAAGAUAUCAUGCAUGGUUUUCAAGAAGUGGUGUGUGUAGUGGAAACGAUAACGACGAUGGGGUUUCUCUUCCAUUAAAUUACAAUAAAUUAGUGGAGAGGUAUCCUCAUAUAGAGAAAGAUCAUUUGAUAAAGCUUUUGAAGCAACUGCUACUGCAUGCAGAUUCUCCUGUAGAUGGCAAUAAUGAAGAAUAUACUCCAAAUGCAGCAAAAGUUCCUACAUUGCUGGGAUCUGGUUCCUUUUCGCUUCUGGAUUCUGAUAGGAAUAUGGGUGAGCAAGUUAAGCGUUUGCCUGUGCACCUGCGUUGGCCUCACAUGCAGGCUCAUCAGGUGCAUGGUUUGGGCUUAAGGGAAAUAGGAGGAGGUUUUGCAAAGCACCAGCGUGCUCCAUCCUUUCGGUGUACAUGCUAUGCCAUUGCUAAGCCAUCAACCAUGGUGCCAAAGAUGCAAAACAUAAAGAAGUUGAGGGGACAUCGUGAUGCUGUCUAUUGUGCUAUAUUUGACCGCUCUGGGAGGUAUGUAAUUACUGGUUCAGAUGAUCGACUUGUCAAGAUUUGGUCAAUGGAAACUGCAUUUUGCUUGGCUAGCUGCCGAGGGCAUGAAGGUGACAUUACUGACCUGGCUGUAAGUUCAAACAAUGCUCUAGUGGCAUCCGCUUCUAACGACUUUGUUAUCCGAGUAUGGCGCUUGCCAGAUGGGUUGCCAAUUUCAGUCUUGCGAGGGCACACCGGUGCUGUUACUGCCAUUGCAUUUAGUCCCAGGCCUAACUCUGUAUACCAGCUUUUAUCGUCAUCGGAUGAUGGAAGUUGUCGAAUCUGGGAUGCUAGAUACUCCCAAUGCAGUCCGCGUAUUUAUGCGCCAAGACCUGCAGAUGCUGUUGUUGGUAAAAACAAGGGUCCAUCUAGUAAUGGGCCCUCCUCAAGCAAUGGUCCACACAACUAUCAGAUAUUAUGUUGUGCUUACAAUGCCAAUGGCACUGUCUUUGUCACUGGUAGCUCUGACACUUAUGCAAGGGUUUGGAGUGCCUGUAAAUCUAGUACAGAUGAGUCUGAUCAACCGAUUUAUGAGAUUGAUGUAUUAUCUGGUCAUGAGAAUGAUGUCAAUUAUGUUCAAUUCAGCGGCUGUGCUGUGGCUUCAAGAUCUUCAUUCUCUGACGCCUUGAAGGAGGAUAACAUUCCCAAAUUUAAAAAUUCCUGGUUCUGUCAUGACAAAAUAGUUACCUGUUCUCGGGAUGGUAGUGCAAUUAUAUGGACUCCUACAUCACGCAACUCCCAUGGAAAAUCCUUGCAAUGGGGGAGGUCAUAUCAUCUGAAAGUUCCACCACCACCUUUGCCUCCGCAACCUCCCCGAGGAGGUCCACGUCAGAGAAUUCUCCCAACUCCACGUGGAGUUAAUAUGAUUGUUUGGAGCUUGGAUAAUCGCUUUGUGCUUGCAGCUAUAAUGGAUUGCAGAAUAUGUGUCUGGAACGCUUCUGAUGGUAAUUUAGUACAUUCUUUGACUGGUCACACUGCAUCUUCUUAUGUUUUAGAUGUUCAUCCUUUCGACCCUCGGAUAGCUAUGAGUGCUGGAUAUGAUGGAAGAACAAUAGUAUGGGAUAUAUGGGAGGGAAUUCCUGUUCGCAUAUAUGAAAUUGGACUUGGACGUUUCAAGUUGGUUGAUGGGAAGUUUUCUCCGGAUGGAACAUCAAUAGUGCUUUCGGAUGAUGUUGGCCAGAUACACUUGCUGAACACAGGCCAGGGUGAAUGUCAAAAGGAUGCCAAAUAUGAUCAGUUCUUCCUUGGGGAUUAUCGGCCCCUUAUCCGGGAUUCUGCUGGAAAUGUUCUUGAUCAGGAGACGCAGCUCCCUCCUUAUCGAAGGAACGUUCAAGAUCCUCUUUGUGAUUCCAGUAUGGUUCCAUACCCAGAACCUUAUCAGACUAUGUUCCAGAAGCGUAGACUUGGUGCAUUAAGUAUAGAGUGGCAUCCUCCAUCCAUAAAAUUUGCUGUCGGUCCAGAUUUCAGUUUAGGCCUUGAUUAUCAAAUGCCUCCUUUGGAAGACUUGGAUAGAAUGAUUGAAUCACUACCAGAGUUCAUAGAUGCCAUUCACUGGGAACCAGAAAUCGAAGUCAUAAGUGAUGAUAAUGAUUCGGAGUAUAAUGUCACAGAAGAAUGCAACAGUGAAGAGCAUGGUAGUUUGUGUUGCAGCUCUGCCAGCGAUCCAGAGUGUAGUACAGAGGACAGUGACAUUGAACAUAGUCCGAAAGAUGGUCUUCCCAGGUCAAGAAGAAGAAAACACAAAACCAACACUGAGUCCUUUGGGAGGCGUGUUAGGAAGAGGAAUUUGAAUGAGCGUGAUGAAUCAACACCUGGGAGUAAUGGAGCUAAGAAAUUAAAAAGUGGCCGAAAAGUCUCCAAGAGGAAGUCUUCCAAGGCAACAUCAUCUAGACCUCAGCGUGUAGCGGCACGCAAUGCUCUAACUAUGUUCUCCAAAAUGACAGGAACAUCUACAGAUGGAGAUGAUGAUGACUUGGAGGAUGAUACAUCUAGCAGUGAAUCAGGAUUGCUAGGUUCAAACAUCCAAAGCAACAUAACUGAUAGAGACUUACAGGAUAUGCAAGAUAAAUAUACAAAAGAAAAGCUUGUAUUACUAGAGACAGAGGAUAUAGAUAAGCCCCCUCAAGACCUUGAUUCCCAAUCAAACGCUGGAUGUAAGAAGAAAUUAAUUGUAAAACUCUCUUUGUGCAAUUCUAAGAAGCCUGUGUCUCCAGAAGAUAGUGUAGUUAAUGUUGGGAGACAAAUUGGUCAUAUGACUCCAUCACCAGAAACUGGGAUUAGCUUAAGCUCUAAAGAUCUAGUGUCAUCUUCCUCAGAUGCGUUUGCUGUGGAUGUGUGCCAAAACCGCAGUAGACUUUUUAGAGGUGUAGGACACCCUGAAAAGGUUGAGGAUGGCAUAGAGGGAUCUCCCGGUGACAACAGAAGCAAAAUCAGAUGGGGAGAGGUCAAUGACUGCACAUCCAAGCGUUCAAGGUUAGAUGUGCUGCCAGGCGAUUCAUCUGUUGGAUUCGGUGCUAGUUAUGAUGCCCUUGAGGAAAGCAGGAUUGGUGAUAAUGUGGAUAAAGGCCGCUUUGAAGUGGUUCAAGAUGGUGGAAAAAUUGAAGAGCAUGUUCCUUCUGGUGUAAAACAGAGAUCUUUGGCAUUUGUGUCAUCAUCAUUAGGUGAUCUCCAAUCAAAAUCUGGUGCUUCUGCAGUCACUUAUAAUAGAAUCCCUAAUGUGGGAGAAAACAACUGGUCUGAAUCUGUUAAAUGCAGAGAUUUUGAUUUACUGGAAGAAAAUGAAUUUGCUAGCACAAGCCAUUGUCAGGCGUUGAAAGAUAAUCCCCCUCCAAAGAUAAGAUUAAAAAUAAAACAACCCUCCAAACCCAGGUUUAUGAGAGAAGUGAAUGAUUUACAACCAGAUGCAGUUGAUAUAAUUUGUAAAGAUCCCUCUUACCAAGAGCAAAAUCUACCUUUCGGAGCACAGGGAAAGGGUGAAGAUUCCAGUAGAUCAAUAUCCUUAUAUGAUCAUAUAAAGGAACAGUCACAUAAGACCAAGGAUGAUUUAGAAGAUUGGGAUUACUCUGUGGAAGAAAAUGCUUCGAAUGCGAUGCGUAGAACAAGAUCAAUGAAAAUGAAAGCAACUUCAAGGGAGCCACACUAUAUGAACCUUAACUUGAGGUUGAAAGUGAAUCAAGAUUUUAUCGAGACAUCAAAAGAUUAUGAUAUUCAGCUCCUACCUGAAGAAAGGAUGCCGAACUCAAGAAUGACUGUAAGAUCAAGAUCUGCUAGAAACAGGCUAGGUAAUAAUGACACAAGAUAUCCAAUUUCGAUUAAACCAAGUCACCCUAUAAGGAAGUUGUCAUGGCUUAUUUUGUCAAAACAUGAGGGUGGAUAUCGUUAUAUUCCUCAGCUAGGUGAUGAAGUUGUGUAUUUGAGACAGGGCCAUCUAGAGUAUAUUGAAUCAGUUCGUUCAGAAGAAUCAGGUCCUUGGAGUUCAAGUAGGCGAUAUGUGAAUCCUGUGGAAACUUGCAGGGUUGAAAGAAUUAAAUAUGGCUGUGGUCCUGGUGGGGAUAGCUGCUGCAAAAUCAUGCUCAGAUUUAUAGAUCCUUCAUCUGGUGUAUUUGGUGAAGGGUUUGAGUUGACUCUCCUUGAACUAACAGAUUUUCCUGAUUUUGUUGUUGAGAAAGCAUGGUAUGAUGCUGCUAUAAAUAGAAAUUGGACCCGUGGGGAUAAAUGCCAGGUGUGGUGGAGGAAUGCGAAUGGGGAAGAUGGUAGUUGGUGGGACGGUAGAAUUGUUUCUUCAAAGGCAAAGUCUGAGGAGUAUCCUGAUAGUCCUUGGGAGAGAUACAGGGUUCAAUAUGAGACUGAUCCAGAUGAAGAAAAUCUACACAGUCCUUGGGAACUGCAUGAUCCUGACAUGCCAUGGGAGCACCCUCAUAUUGAUUCAGAGAUCCGAGAUAAACUACUGUCUGCUUUUGAUAAAUUAGAAGAGUCAGUAAGCAGAAAAAAGGACUCUCAUGGAAUUCAGAAAUUGAAUGAAACUUCCCAAAAGCCGGAUUUCUUUAACAAGUAUCCAGUUCCUUUCUAUCCUGAAAUAAUCCGAUCAAGGCUAGAAAACAACUAUUACCGGACUUUAGAAGCAGUGAAGCAUGACAUACAUGUGAUGAUGGAAAAUGCCCAAUCUUAUUUUGCCGGAAAUAAAGAACUCUCCCACAAGAUGAGGCGCCUAUCGGAAUGGUAUUCUAGGAAACUCUCCAAAAUAUUAAAAACUGAGACCUAGUCUUUUCUUAGUCACUUGCAGUCUUUUUUACACUUUACUUUCAUGAAAAAAGAAAAAUCACAUCAUUGAUCCAAUUUUUGUAAAUUGAUUUCUCUAUAAAAUUGGGUACAUUUUACCCAAGUUCCUGA